GCCCUCUUCUUCUCACAGUCUAUCUCUUUCUGCGGGAACUCGGAACGCUCACUUCUCCCAAACGCUGUCCUUGUAACUCUCUAUAAGAUGGUUCAGACCCGCCGAAAUGCGCAAGCGAAAGCAGCAUUUGCGAAUGAGCACAUUCUGAAGCUCCCCACAGAGCUACACAUGAUGAUAUUCGACUACCUUGCAGACGAGAGGAAGCCAUGGCUCGCAACCUUGGCCACUCUCUGCAAGACGCUCCUUCCCGAAAUCGAAGCUGCUCUGUAUAGGGAUAUCGAGAUUGGAACGUGCAAGUAUGCCUCCGCACUCUGUCGCGCGAUCUCAAAGAGGCGCUACCGCGCUGUCUUUGUCCGGAAACUGGUCCUAUCCGUCCGCGGCGGCACGACCCUCAAAAAGCCACUCAACACUGCGCUCCCCCUGCUCACGAACCUCUCAUCCCUGGAGCUCGUUGUCGACGAACCGUCCAUAUUCGACAUCCUACUGCACUGUUCAUUCCGGCUACACACGUUCAUCAUUGGCGGAGAACGGUAUGCCCCAAACUUGGAGGACAUCUUGGCAAGUCAACCGGACAUCGAACGGCUCUCCUUCGUCUUCAUCCCCGAACAUUCGCAAGACGAGGUCCAACCCGAGCUCUCGCGGCCGGACAUCCUCCCCAAGCUCAAGACCCUCACCGCUUUCGCCUCCCGGUUCCCGCUGACCUUCAUCACCCACCCGUACCCUAUCGCCCACCUCUCGAUCAUGGCCGCGAGCCACGACGACAUCGCGCACGUCAUGAAGCUGUUCGGAAGCACUCUCGUCACGGUAUGCAUACUGCGGCUCAUCGGUGAACAAUGCACCCCAGAAUGCUACUGGCCGGCGUCGAUGUUCCGGAACGCGCACCUCCCGAAACUCGAACACGUCAAGGUCACAGACCUGUAUGGGCCCGCUACCGACCUGCCGUGCGAGCAAGAAACCAUGGCCGUCCCCGGCCUGCAAGAAGCAUGCCCAGCGCUAAAGACGAUCAUGUGGAGCGUCGACAGCUCCAUAGCCGACGACCUCUACUGGCCGCCCCCCGGCGGCGACGGCCUCGACGACCGCAUGAUGACCGAGUACGCGCGCCUGCUGUUCGCCACGCUCCCCGCGCUCGCGUCGUUCACCGUGCACGAGCUGGGCGACCCGGUGCGCGACGACGACGGGGCGGUAUAUGGCGAGGUGUAUCGGCGGGCGGAGGGUGGGGCGGUGACGGGCCCGGAGAACGAGCCGGUCGAGCUGGGGAUGUGGCGCGGGUUGUAUGCGCAGCUGAUGUGAACCCGCUAUGCCAUAUGAAGUUUCCAGACGGCGUCAGCGAGGACAUUUUACCACGACGACGCGUCUGUCGCCUGUACUAUGGUUUGGGUCCAGUAGUAGGGCGGAUUGUUGGCGCGGCAUGUCGCCCGUGCCAGGUUGUAUACCAUCACGUUC